AGUACGGGAAGGGUCCACUCGCAAGCUACUAUCGAUCGCGUUGCCAUUUCCACAAUCAAACAUGGCCCCAACGGAUGGGUAUUGGGGACCUGUCACUUCGACACUGGACUGGUGUGAAGAAAAUUAUGUCGUGCUUCCCUUCAUCGCUGAAUUUUGGAACACCAUCAGUAACUUGAUGAUGAUCAUACCCCCACUGUGUGGGGCGGUGAUGGCCUACAGGGAGAGGCUGGAGGCUCGCAUCAUCUGGUGUCACCUGGGGCUCUUAGUCGUUGGUAUUGGAUCUUGGUUUUUCCACAUGACACUUCUAUAUAGCAUGCAACUCCUGGAUGAGCUGCCCAUGAUAUGGGGGUCAGCGUUCAUGGUGUACGCAUAUGCCACGCUGUCCAGUCCUCCACAGAGUGAUAACACAGGGCUGAAAGUGUUCGAGUUCCUCUACUGCAGUAUUGUCACCAUUGUGUACCUGGUCAACAAGAAUCCUGUGUUCCAUGAGGUUGCUUACGGGUUGAUGGUAUUCUCCAUCCUUGCAUGUGCCGUCAGAACCAUGUUGAAGUAUGAACAUUCCCUGACGCUGUUCCUGACGUCUACGGUGUCCUAUGGCAUUGGCUUCCUGUUGUGGAAUGUGGACAACACUUUCUGUGGACAUUUAAGGUAUGCCAGGAAGAAUGUCCUAGGUGUAGCUGGGCCAGUGACUGAGCUACAUGCGUGGUGGCACGUACUGGCUGGUUUUGGAACCUAUCUCUCCUUUCUCUUUGUAACUCAUACUCGCUAUCUGUACUUGAAGAAACACCCCAAGAUUAAGUUUCUGUACGGCAUUGCACCCUAUGUGACUGUGAAUCACGUCAGAAGAUGACACCGCAGUUGACCACGCCCCUCCGACCUACAGCCCCCCAAUCACCUGCGACACACAUGCAGGAAUAUCCUCAACUCACAGUUCAUUUCAUUCCAUCUACAUCCAGCAGUUGUUCUCACAACGGCAUUUACAUAGCUACCUGUUAUUUUGAGGCCAAAUCUCUAUGAUAUUUUAAUGCCUUGUGAAAACAGGCAAUUGAUUUUCUUCAUCACAAAGGUAUUUUUAUGAUUUUCAUAUGUCUGGAUGGUAUUAUUGACCAUUGUGUUAGUGAAAAUAAUGCCUUGUGGCUUGAGCAUAACACAAAGUCCCAUGGGCUCAUGUCAGAUUCCUGGUUGCUAGGAUACAAAUGUACAGUUGGUGACAGCAGUAUAUGGCUGAAGUCUGACUGAUAGUUGCUAGGAUACAGCUAUAUUGUCAUUGACAGCAGUAUAUGGCUGAAGUCUGACUGUUGGUUUAGGAUACAGCUGUACUAUUGGUAACUGCAGUAUGAAGCUCUGUCGGACUGCCGGUUGCUAGGAUACAGCUGUAUUGUCAUUGACAGUAGUAUAUGGCUCAAGUAUGACUGUGAUUUGCUGGGAUACAGCUGUACUUGUGGUCACAGCAAUAUAUGGCUCAAAUCUGACUGUUGGUUGCUAGGAUACAGACAUAUUAUCAUUGACAGCAGUAUAUGGUUCAAGUCUGACUGUUGGUUGCUAGGAUACAGUUGUAUUGUUGGUGACACCAGUAUAUGGCUCAAGUCUAACUGUUGGUUGCUAGGAUACAGCUGUAUUGCUGGUGACAGCAGUAUAUGGCUCAUGUCUGACUGUUGGUUGCUAGGAUACAGCUGUAUUGUUGGUGACAGCAGUAAACUGACUGCAGUAUGUAGCUCAAAUCUGAGGGAUUGUUGCUCAGAUAUGACUGUGAUGUUGCUGACCAGUGCAAUUUAAUGAGAUAUUUCACUUGUUAAUAUUGUCCAAUUAUCUUGGACUAAAACUUUUAAAGUGUUGUUACUGUAUGUGUUAUGUCAGGACAUAUUAACUGUUGUCAUAUGGAAAUAAUCAUGUGUUCCUUAACAUCUUUUGAAUAGUAUAACAUAACUAGUGAUUGUA